CAAAUCUAUCAUUGAUCCAUCCAUAUGAAGCUAAGCUAUUGAAGCUUUGGAGAAAAGUCGUUCGCCAUGGAUACGCCUCGUCAAGAGGGCGUGGGAAGCGUCAGUUCAGGCAUCGCCAGAAACUCGGCUCAAGACCGCCGCGAGGAUGGUGCUCCUCGAUAUGCCAUUCCAUCGAGGGAGCUCACUGCGGUCGAGAUCCCGGCGGUUGUUGAAGAUAUUGACCGAGCCGUCAAGGCCUUUGGCAGGGCUCCUUCUCUACGACAGGUCUUGGAUCCUCUAAGGAACUCAAUACCAUUGUAUAUAAAUCCAGAGGAGCCUUUUUGCCCGCCCAUCAUGUCACAUAACGCCAGAUCUCACAACAUUGUCCUUAAGGUCACAGUCCCCAGGCGAACGGGGAGGAAGCGCAAACGAGGGACGGACGGGCCUUGGCAAGGAGACGUAGAGCUUCAAGGCGCCGACACCUCGCCCUCAGAAAACGUCCGUUCCAUAGCACGUCUCGAUGAUCCAAGACUUCUGAGGCGCAAACUAGAGGACAAUGUUGAUAAAUAUCACGUCGAGGCUGUGGGUUUGAUUAAGCACACUCAUCGAUUCAGGGGCCUUGCCGAUUUUUAUUGGGACAUGGACAAAUCGUCAUUCGCGCAAAGAUUUGUCGAUCAAGUGUUGCCUGGAGAUGUCGACAAGAUAAAGGAGUUCAAGUUUACGCCCGGCAUCGACCAGGGCUCGAAUGUGGACAUCAUACCGCCCCCUAUCUUCACCCACAUGAGUCUGCCAUUCAACUACUUUUAUUCACAGAACCCAUAUGUUCGCUUGACAGAAGAUGGUGGAACCGUCAACACAACAGCAGUUAAGCAAGUUGGCCACUUUAUAGGGACAGAAGAUGCCGCCCCUACCGGCCCUCAAAUCCCCCCGGACAUGACAGAUCCGCGCAUGGUGGAGGUAAUAGCCCAGCUCGAAGAAGCAUUUGAAGACCGUCCAGUCUGGACUCGCCGGUCUCUCUUAAACCAUCUUGCUGGCAAGCUUCGAAACUGGAACGAGCUGAAAAAGUACCUCAACUAUGCGGCAUACCAGUUCAAGGGUGGGCCGUGGAGAGACGGAGUGGUGCCAUAUGGAAUCGACCCCAGAACUGACCCCAAGUACCGCAUCUACCAAACCCUCAUGUUCAAGCUUCCUAAGCAGAAGCGAGCCCGGAAAGAUCAGACCUGGCAAUCCCUGCGGAGAGUCCAGAUGGGCCGAACAAAAGAGUUUGUCCAAGAGCUAUCAGCCAGCCACAUGUUCGACGGAGAGACGUACCAUACCGAUGGCAAGGUGUGGCAGGUGUGUGAUAUCACAGAUCCUUUACUCCGGGAGCUGCUUGAUAAUGCAGAGGUGCGUUCGACAUGGGAUGUCAGCAGUGGAUGGUACCAUGGAGGCUUGUGGGCAAAGGUCAAGGCAAUCAUGAAGACGAAGCUUGUGGCGAUCCAGUUUGGUCGGCAACUGACCAAGGAAGAUUUCGCCCCAACGUUGCAGUGCGGAGAUCAGACGCCUAUUCGGUCUACCUCGGCCACCUUUCACCUUCCUCUACCUAAUUUGAACCUAACGAAUGAGGAGCUUACGCAACUCCGAGGUCGAGAGCCAUCAAAGAAGAAGAGUCAGGUUUACAACGUAAGAGUCCGUCCUCGCGCUAAGAUGGGCAUCGAGACGGAAGAGCAGUCUGUUGUUACAUCGCACGACGCAGAUGCGGACUUGGAUGUGGAUGCAGAUGCGGAGGCAGCCAGCAUACUUGGCAGGAUGGAACAGAGCGAGGACUCUGAGGCUGCCAGCGAUGAUGAUGACGAAGACGAGGAUGAGGAUGAUGAGGAAAACGAGAACGGCUCAGAGGAGGAAGAAGGGAUGGAGCAUCCCAGUUUUGAGGGAGACGAGGAUGACUACGUUCAAGUUUCUUUGCAAGUCACCAUGGAUUCUAAGCAUCCCUUCUCCGAGGGACCCUGGCACUGCAAGCACUGCCAGAAGCCGUUCUCAGUUUGGGAAGACCUUACUGAGCACAAGAAGCGUAUGCGGAACGAGAAUAAAGAGGAUCAUAUUCAUUGCAGGUUCUGCGGGCGCGACUUCCAUACUUUGGAGGGAGAGAUGAGGCAUAUGCAGGUGGAACAUCCCCUUGAGCAGAAUCUCGACUGCCCCGGCUGUGGCCAAGGUCCAUUCAAGCGCUUAGGUACUCUCAUGAGCCAUAUCGAAAGAGGGUUUUGCACCCGCAUAGACAGUGCCGUACUCGAUGAACUCAGAGAAGAGAAGCUUGCGUUUCCACGACGCCUGGAACAGUUGACUCAAGAGUCGAUAAAAGGAAACUACAUGAAGUACAUGCCAUCACCCAAUGACAAGAGCUACAUCACGGGGUGGUACGUUGAGGAUAAGCCAACCCCAUUCAAGAUGGUCCCAGAAGAGUUUCCAGAUCUGUCGACUACGGCUAAGGCCAAAGGUUCGAUCCGACUUCCCCUUCGGCUACUCUCUGAUACCAACCGUGGAAACAAUGUCGAGGCGCCGAACUCGGUUCAACAUACCCAGCCGGCCUUCAAUUCAGGCGUGACUACCGUCAUCGCGGGCAUGGAUCCUGAUGAUCCAAAUAGUCCGUCGUUCAAUGUAGCCCGCUAUUACUGCUCAAUCACUGAGAAAUACAACUGCCCAAAACGGCUGUGCGGGAAAACGUUCAAGACAGCCAGGGGGCUUGUUGGACACCUUCGAUCGCCGGCUCAUGGAAACAAGACCUAUAGAUGCCCAUACUGCCUCAAAAUAUUCAAGACUUUAGCAGGCAUCACCUCGCACGCUGAGACUAGAGGCUCAAAGUGCCGACUGCAAGACACUGCGCAUUACGAGACUUUCAUGGACCAGCUGACGGCAGGCAUUGUCGAUAUCGAAAGAACUCGGUAUCAAGAUGGAAGUAUCAUCUUCAAGACUUCGGAGCAGGCGAAGCAGAAACUCCGCGGAGAGGCCACUGAGAAGAAGAUGAAGUAUCCGAUCAACAAGGAACCAGAGGCUAUAUUCUGGUAG